AUGAAUUCGUACCCUGACGACUAUGUCGUCCACAACUUACCACUGGUCAUCCUCACUGGCCUGGAAGCCAAUUCAAGUGCUGAAACACCUUUCGGUGAAAAGAGUUUCCAGUUCCUUGGUGAUGGUGGCUUUCGAAUUCGUGCAGAGCUUCCACCUCUAUACCAUCCAUUGACUGCUGAUCUUCGUGCUGCAUUGCUUGCCCACGAUCACUCGAAAGCAGCAUGGCACUCACCGUCUACUGACAAGACGGAGCAGGCUCAUGUAUUCAAGAUCAGAAGUGUUGGUCGGGCUUACACCUUUCCUCCACGUAAAGCACCACCACCUCCACACUCCCCCCGAAUGAGGCCUAGCGACGACAAUGGUGCCUCUCCGCCUCCUCUGACCCUGCACUCGACCCUCUCUCCACUCUCGCCUAGCUCUCCUCUCUAUCCCGACGGUAUUAUCACGCCUUUGUGGAUCACCAAACACCAAUAUCGACUGCCGUCCGUACUGGUGUCUUUCUACAAUCUGGUUUCUGAUCAUACCACAAGCUCACUCGAGGAUAACAAGAUCAAAAGUGAAGUGAAUGCUAUUCGCAGUCUCAUGACCUCCACCAACUACAAGACAAAAUUUGUAAUCGUGCUCGUUGCAGAUGGUCCUAUCAAUCAUGCAGCACUUGAAGAACGCCUAGUGAAUAUCAGAAGAGGCACGAACUUUGACAGCAAAGCUUUAUACUAUCUUCCUAGCACUUCUUCUCCCGCAGAUCUUCAAGAAUUCGCCAAAGUCAUGCUCAACACCUUGCACCCAACAGUCAUUGAGUACUAUCGAGAUUUGUCCAAACAUGCUCGUCGAAAACGGAACAGGAACACUGUCCCUCAGCCCACUAUUCCUCCCACUCAAGGCACUUCAGCAAUUCUCUCUCUGCAGGCGUGGAAUGCUCGUUAUGAGUUCAAGUUAGGUAUAUUUGCAGAGACUAGGCAGGAGCUGGAAGCAGCUUCUCGAAACUAUGAGCAAGCUUACGAAGGUCUUUUUCACCCCGAAUUGUUCGAGACCAUACCUGCACGCAGUCCAAGAUUCAACGAAGCUCGAAUGUUGGCCGAUGUCAUCGCAAUAAGGAUAAUAAGAUGCGCCUUGUGGUCAUCACAAACCGUUACUGCUGUAAGAUGGUGGUCAAAGCAUAGAGCUCGUAUACGUGACCUAGUUGAUAGACGCGGUAUGGGCACCAAUGACUAUGGUUGGCAUGCCUGGCUGGCUAUCUGGUCAAACGUUAUGUUCGAGCUCAUCCAACGAGCAGAAGUCUUUCAGACUGCUCACUCAGAGCUGCCGCCUGGCCAUGGCCUUCCAGUACAAAUCGUGUCGGAUAAGACAACCUUAAGUCUUGACCACACUACACCUUGGGAAGCUUUGCACCACGAAGGCUAUUGGUUGGACGAAGUUCGCAGGCAUAUCGAGGCCAGAAGAGAGUUGGCCAAGCAAAUUUCUCCUGAUGAUCGAUCGAUUGAAACCACAUCAGCUUUGCAAUCCAGUAGAAAGCACCAUUACGACACUUAUCUAGUACCAGAACCACCAAUCGAAUACCGUCUAUUCGACAGAAGAGCCGGAGAGAAUUACGGGAAACGUAUCUGCAACACUGUGGAUAGCGCUUUGAAGCACUUUGAAGCCCGUGAUCAGUACCGCAUGGCAGAAGUACUCCGUUAUCGUCAGGCUAUGGAACAGUUCCACUCAGAUUCCGAGUCAAUAGUCAUGCUCACGUCACUCUGGCAACAAAGCAGCUGGCGCAAGCAGGGUUGGUACUCUUUACUCGCCCGAGUUGGCAAGGUACUUCUUGACAAGCCACUACAGGACGAUCCUGAGCUGCGUCUGUUGCUGCUGUGGGAGCUACGAACAAUUGCCUCUGACCAGGCAACACCUAUUGAGAACCAGAUGCUCGAAGGUGGUAGUGCAGCUUUGACCUUGACGUCUUCGUUACCCCAGAUAGUCCCCGGUCUUGCAUUUUCCAAUGACACUGGUCAUGUUGGUGAGCCACUAGCUAUACAGUUGUCGUUACGUUACAUUGUACCAAGUUUGCAAGCAGAUUUGCAAGUCAAGGAAAUCAAGUUUACUUUCGAUGGUGGUAUCAAGCCCAUUCUGCUCAAAGCAGAAGCUGCAGAUGACGAUGCUGAACGCAGUGGUGGUGCCACAAUAUAUCGUGUCGAGCUGUCUGAAGCUGAUGCCAGUGUGGAGAAAGUAUCCAGGAGAUUAUCCUUGAGUGGAGGGUCUUACUGGACAGGCACUAUCAAAACAAACCCCUCUGGUUCAUGCUAUGAAGUGUACAAUUUCGAGGUGAUACCUCGAGAGCCUGGCCCGGCAUCCGUGGCAUCCUGUAUGCUUCUUUUAGCCAAUAGCACACAGGAAAUCACGCUCAGUUCUGGCGAGCUCAACAACGUUGGUGCUCAGUGGUGGGAGCUUCGCGAUGGGAGUCCCAUAAGUCGAGAUUUUGGUAUGCAUCGAGAUGUGACAAGCGUCAAUGUUUUACCAAAACCACCAAAGGCUGCUAUCAAGUUGCCGAAUUUACUUUCAGCUUAUUACACCAACGAAAAGGUGACUUUGCGGGUCGACAUCCUCAAUGACGAAGACGAAGCACUGAACGGCAGUCUGGACGUACGACUUCUGAAUCCCUCCCAGGGUACGCUUCAGUUUCACUGGAGACCCGAAAUAUCCUCUGGAGAAGGUGAUUCAACCCAGUCUGAAGUCGCCUCUCUCAAACGCGUGGGACCUAUAACACCUCAAGAAGUUGGUCAGUUUGAGCUUUCACUGACUGAGAUACAAGACCCUAUGGAGUGCGAGCUCGAGUUUAAGCUGUCCUAUCGACUCGAGUCUGAUGGAAGCCAGGAAGUCGUCACAAGUGUGAUUGUCAACCUUCCCGUUAUCCGCCCUUUUGAGGCCACUACGUUCUUUUUGCCCAGGCUGCAUGUUAAUGCGUGGCCCAAUUUCUUCGAUGCAACGAAUGCCGCAACUGUCGACCAACCUCAAGGUCUAACGCAAACUUACCUGGUAAAGGCCGAUAUUGGAUGUUUCACUCAGCAGCCAGUUGUCGUUAGAUCCUUGAAUCUCGAAGCACGUCGCAUCGUGGGCGGAGCUGUAUGUACUAAAAGUCUUGGUAGACCGAAGACAUCAGGACUUGACUCCGAGCAAGCGAAGCAAGUUGAACCUGACACAACGGAGCAAUUUCUCUUCGAUCUCGAACUUCAGAAACUGGUUCUGGGCGAAAGAUCGCCUGUGGCUAUAGAUUUUGUCAUUAACAUCGAAUGGUCGAGAAUAGAUUCAAAAGACGUCAAUAUAUCUACACUGAUUCUGCCGAAAUUCCUUGUGCCAAUGUCCGAACCACGAGUACUACUACAAGCUGCAAAGGUCGAGGGUGUCUCGGCGACAUGUCUACUUACCUACACUAUCGAAAACCCGAGUAUGCACUUCCUUACAUUUAACGUUAACAUGGAGAGUGGUGAGGGGUUCGCGUUUAGCGGGUCGAAGGCGCAGUCUGUCAGUCUAGUACCCAUGAGUAGAUACGAGCUGCGAUAUCGCGUUCUCAUGCAGCGAAGUGGAGAGUGGGUGCGUGUGCAUCUUGAUGUUCUUGAUGCAUUUUUUGGUCAAACGCUAAAGGUUCAGCCUGCUUCCGAAGGAGUUCGAGUUGACAAGCAGGGUGACGUGCAAAUCUGGUCUGGAUGA